AUGGCAGCAGCGCGGAGGUUUUACAGCUGUUUGCCGGUUCGCGGCUCUUUCCGUGCGGGCCACAGAAUGCCACCGACCGAAGACAGUGCGCUUCCAAGCAAAAGACGGGCAUCCCGCAUGGACCGCUGGGAAAGUGACCAGCAGGGGCCUUCAGGGAUCAACGAAGGUAGAGGAGAUCACACGCACCUCUCGGAGCUGCAACUUGUGAAGGCUGCAGGCUUUGCCAGAAAACUGGCUCUUCGCAGGUCAGUUUUUUACUUUUCCUCUCCCUUCUUUCCGAAGGCCAAAGAGAACAUGCUGCUCUGCCACUUUCACUUUUUCCAACAGUCGAGUGGGAGGGAAUCCAGUUCCCUCAAGGUGAACGGUGAACGAGGAAACGAGACUUUGCAGUUGCACACAAGUGGCACAGAGACGGUUGUUGGUCUGCUGUUUUGGCCAGGGGCCGAGGCGAAGUCACAAUGCCUGGGUACAUUGGACGAGGAGGCGCUCGCGGCGUCCGAGUCGGACUGUCGUCUGCUGGCCCAGGGACUGGAGCCGAGGCCUGGAAGCUCGCGACUCCUGGCUGUGCUGCUUUGCGGAGUCAUCCCGUACACUGGUCUCGGUGCUUACCUCCUAGUCCGGAAGCGGGUGCCCGGCGCCUUCGUGAUCUUGUUCGCCGGCGCGUACAUUCUGGUCCUGUUGAUCUAUCUCCUGAUGCAUGGCCGCUUGGUGCCCCUGCUCUUCUUCCUGCAGGCAUCAUCUUUGACGUACACCAUUAGUGCUUGCCUGGUAGUGGCAGCGAACCAGGCAAGAGCGCAUGCGGCGGCAGUGUCGAAAGCACAGGCCAAGAUGCACAACUCCCACAGAGACUUGCCGAAGGUAGCGUGGCAGCGCGCCACCAACGCCUCGAAAGACACCUUCGUGCUGUCGCUGGGCUGCUGGGCAGCCGGUGCGGUCGCCCUGGGCCUUGCAGCGGCCCUCUCUCUGGUGCAUCCCCGAAUUUCCUAUUCUUUCGCCCGACUCAACUUGACUCAGCUUGACUCAGCUUCACUCCUUCCUUUCGGCUUCAGGCCCUGCCUGAGUUGCCAGCGGCAGCCCUGGGCGCAGGCGUAUUGCUGGCUUGGGCCUUACAAAGCCUCAUAA